AUGUCGUCAAAUUCCGUCGAGCGCAAAGAGUCUCACGAUGUGGAAGUCUGCCACAGCCAUGAAGAAGUCCACGUCGAGACUGACGUUCCUUUGUCACAGCAUCGCAGAUUGAAAUGGAAGCUCGAUCUACUCAUUCUACCACUUAUUUCUAGUGUAUACUUCUUCGCGUCAAUGGUUGCUGGUUUAUCUGAGGAACUACGCAUAUCACCCCAAGGAUACUCAAAUGCUGCCACUAUACUUCUAGUUGGCUACAUUAUCUUCCAGCUACCAGGUACGCUGUUGAUUAAGCAGAUAGGCCCUGCUAGGCAAUUUGCUGGCGCAAUGAUGACUUGGGGAGCAAUUACGGCUGCGACUGUCUGCAUCAAGACCACGGCGCAUCUUCUAGCAGUACGUUUUCUGGUCGGCGUCGCCGAGGCAUUCGUCCAGGGGGGCGUCUUCUACCUGAGCUUCUGGUAUCAGUACAGCGAGCUUGCUACACGGGGUGCCAUCUUCUACUCCAUGUCGUCCUUGGCCGGGGCAUUCAACGGACUUAUCGCGUACGGGAUUGCCAAAGAUCUAGAUGGAGUGAAUGGCUGGCGAGCAUGGCGCUGGAUAUUUCUGAUCGAGGGUAUCAUGCCCUGUGCAUUUGCAUUUAUCGUUCUAUUCCUCCUACCGGCCAGCCCUGAAACACUCAAGCUUGGAUUCAGCGAGGAGGAAAAGGCCCUUGUUGUGCGUCGGGCACGAAACGCUCAUAACACGUCCGAAGCAAGGCUGCAGGUGAAGAAAAUACCGCUCAUCCUGCUAAGCGUGCAUUUCUGGCUUCUGUUGGGUAUUGCAUGCUGUGGACAUUUCUGUGUUGGUUCGAUGUCCAACUUUCUUCCGGCGAUUAUUGAGAGCUUUGGAUACAACCAAGUAGAUACGCAGAUGUUUACGGUCAUUGUAUACGCAUGUGCAUGCGUUGGGAUUCUAUUCUGGGCCCGGGUGGCUGAUCGAACGAACGCGCGAGGCCUCACUCUUGCUGCCUCGACAUGCGGUGCAAUUGUUGGGUACGCAGUGCUGCUAGCAGUUAAGAAUCAACGUGCUCGGUUCGCUGCGACAUGUGUUCUUGCGUUCUCCAUUCACCCGAAUAUUGUCCUUCAAUUGUCCUGGGCGGCUAUGAAUUUCGUUGGAUAUACGCGAAGGGGCUCUUGUUUGGCUUUUAUGAAUAUAUUCUCACAGGCCUUCGCCAUCUGUGGAACUCAGGCCUAUAGUGAUCCGCCAUUGUACCGGAAAGGCAAUGCCUCUGCCCUUGGCUUGUGCUGCUGCACUCUCGUACUCUCUCUUGUCCUAAGAUGGUAUCUGGGUGUUUUGAAUGAGAGAAAGAGGAAAGCCCAACACACAGACGAGGCGCACCGCCAGAGAGAGGAGAGCUUGGAAGAACUUGGAGACCUUCACCCUGACUUCUAUUAUACCACCUGA